CUCUUUUAUUAUUUUAUUUAUUUUAUAGAUAUGUCAGAUUACCGAUACAAUCAAGAAUACGUGCACGAGAGACGAAGAAAAAAAUUCUAAAACUAUGACACACAUCGGAGCAGAACGCAUCAUACCUAACAAUGACUGCGGAAAUAUGGAUUUCUCCGGGAGUACUGAAGAAAUUAUGACAUUAGUGUUCCUCGGCAUCAUGAACUGUAUUGUGAUAGCUGGGAACAUCUUGGUUAUACUAGCCGUUACGUUGAACCCGAAAUUACGCACCGUAACUAAUUUCUUUAUUGUGUCAUUAGCAGUGGCAGAUCUGUUAGUAGGUUUAGCAGUUUUGCCGUAUUCAAUAUCUCUAGAAGUGCUAAGAGUAUGGAUAUUUGGGCCGGUCUGGUGUCAAAUAUGGUUAGCGGUAGAUGUAUGGAUGUGCACUUCUUCCAUACUCAAUUUAUGUGCCAUAAGUUUAGAUCGUUACGUGGCCAUAACCAGGCCGGUUCACUACAGGUCAAUCAUGACGAAAAUACGUGCCAAGAUUCUCAUUGCUACAGUUUGGGUUUUCUCUUUUGUGAUUUGUUUCCCUCCUUUAGUCGGAUGGAACGACAGUUCUAUGGGUAUCGAUACUUUUUACGGUUCAAAAGAUACACCAAAACAUAUACCUAAAGACAUAACGCUCACCAAUUUAUCUAGCCUUACGUACUUCCACGUAGAAAAUUAUAGUUUACCAAUCAUCAAAGACGAUUGCAAACUCAGUUGUGCCCUGAUUAAUAAUAAGGGAUACGUAGUAUACUCGUCACUCGGGUCGUUUUACAUCCCAAUGCUAAUCAUGCUGUUCUUUUACUUUCGAAUCUAUCAAGCCGCUUUGAAAACAAGUCGUGCCUUAAACUGCGGUUUUAAAAUUACAAAAAAUAGUAACAAAAAGGAAACUAAAAACGAAAAUCACGGUGUGACUCUCAGAAUACAUAGAGGUAAGCAAUUCCCGGACUUGAGUUGUACUAAUGGUAGGAGAGCCGGUGUCCUGGUGAUACCAGCUUCACCUUCACCUUCUAGAAGAAAUUCCAGUGAUAAAAAAUUAGACGAAGCAGACACUACUUCACUGAGGAGUAAUACAGGUAACUCGACAAAAUCUGUAACUUUAAGUGACGAGAAAGAUGGAAAAGAAGAAGGCGAAAAAUCUUCCAGUAAACAUGGACGUUCAUUCUUUUCGAGGAUGAGCAAAAGGAACGCUAGGCUACAUGCUAAACGAUUUUGGUCAGAAACCAAAGCUACUAAAACUGUUGGUAUCAUCGUUGGUUGUUUUAUAUGUUGUUGGUUACCUUUUUUCACCGUUUACUUAAUCAGACCGUUUUGUGAAGAUUGUUUUCCUCAAUUAUUAUUUACAAUUUUUUUCUGGUUGGGUUAUUGUAAUUCAGCCAUAAAUCCGUUCAUAUAUGCCCAUUUCAGUAAAGAUUUCAGAUGCGCAUUUAAGAAUAUUCUAUUCAAAUGUCAAUUCAAGGAUGAAGGUAUAUCAUCUCUCAUCAGACAGAUACAUGUACCAUUCUUUGAAGAAGAUUAUGACGAUAAAAACGAUUCUCACUAAAAUUUGUUUUAUUUAUUUUUUAAAUUUUAACUAAACUGUGAUUAUAACGAGCUUUAUAUUACAAUACGUAGCCUAAUUUAUGUAUUUAUAAAACAAAAAAUUCUGAGACACAUUAAUAUUUAUCGAAAAUGAUUAUAAAGAAAAACUUUUUAUCAGACAGCUGUGAAUUUUGUUAAAUUAGCGAUGGUAACAGGAUAAUCAUCCAAAAAGUGAUUAGAUAAUCUGAACAUUAGUGUAAUAGUUAAAUUUAUUGAUCUAUUUUUUAAAUUAAUGUUCCAGACAAAUCACGUGUUUCCAAAUAUAGGGCAUUAAUUAAGUGAAACUUUUUAAUCUAUAAGUUUAUAGAUAUCUCUAUGAAAUUUUAGACUUUUAUCAAAGUUCUAAUACAGAUUUGUUUAAAUAUAUUAGAAGUAAUCUUUAAUCAUAAAGCUUUGUUUUUAAAACUAUUCAGAUAUUUUUGUUAAAUAAAUAAUCAAAUUUACAUUUUUUUUAAAAAAGAUUUAAUAUAUUAGUACGUACAGUACAUAUGUUGUUCAUUCACAUUCGCAUAAUUAUAGUUAAAUUAAAUGCAAUCAUGAGAUUAUUUUUCCAUGAGAACGUCUAUAUCAUGAGAUUGUCGUCACUGUAUAAUGUAUAAGACAUACUAAUGCAUGAUAAUCAUGCAACUGUUCAUUGGUGUUAAUUAUUAACAUAUGCAUAUAUUUUUUUUAAAAUUCAAGUUACCAUCGCUUUUAUUUAACUAUGUAACAAAAUUUUGUAACCCGAUAAGCAGUUGAAUUUAUUAUUUAAAUUACAAAAUUUCUGUAGCUUCUUUUUAGGAGCUAUUUUGAAUGUUGGCUUCUAUGUAGCUUAUAUUAAACAGUAAAAUAUUAAUAUUAUUUCAGAAAAUCUUGUGAUUUUCUGAAUUAGUUUUCGUCAAUCAAUUAAAAGUGAUCAAAAAGUUAUAAUUUUGAAAUGUAUUACUAUUUUAUUUUUCUCAGUCUCAGUGACCGAAAAUAUAAAUGUAAACCAGGACACUAGUACAAACAGUAUCAUAUAUAUUAUUUUGUUUACAUUUAUAACAAAAAUUAUCAUAUUUGAAGAUAAAUAAUUAAAAUUUAAAGCUGCUAAAUUUGAUGUUUAAAAAGUAUUCAUUAUUUAAAUGUUCGAAAAUAUUUAUAAUUUAAAUUUAUUACAGAAGAUGACGCACAAAUUAAUUACAAAGAACACAUUCCUUAGAUAUAUGUGCCAGCAUUUAUCACACUCUACAAAUCACUUAUAAAUUAAUAUUAAGUUAAAAGUGAUUAUUUGCAUUAAAAAUGGAUAAAUCUAGUGUUCUGGUUUCUAUUUUGGGGAAUUUAUAUUUAUUUUACAAACGUUUUUUAAGUAUACGUUAUUAUCAAUAUUCUACAUUGUAUUGUUGUCAUUGUUGUAUAGUUUACGCUUCAUAUGUUAUAAUUUAAAAAUUAAAGAAAAAAACUAUCAAAAGACGUAGGUCUAAGUGUACGUUUAAAAACAAAUCAAAAUGUUGUGAAAGAAAAGAAUAUUUUAAAAAGUGUAUCCUAAUAAUGCUUAAUUGGGUGAAAAAAAGAUAUUUUCAAAAUUCAUAAUUAACAAUGUUUGAUGUAAAGCAUCAUCUACAAUAUGUUUUGUUUGAUGCUGGAUGUUGUCCAUAAAUGUGCAUUUAAAUAUGCCAUUAUAUUGUCCAAAAUAGAUUUAUGCAUGUGGUGUUUAGACAAUCGAAAAAAAACUAAAAAAAAAAUUAUUGUGAUAU